ACAUAUGAUAAAGGUGUAAACGGUACACACAAACUAUUAGGUGCAGUAUGAAUAUAUAUUUUUUUGUAAAAUAACAAUUUUACUUCUACAGAUUUAUGUGGUGCACUGCUGAAAUUCGGCGCCCUCUGGAGUAAAACCCACGCAUGUUGAACCUGACCAACCCUUGUAGUUUGUUCAUUCACCGGUUCUCCUCCACGGUUGCUCCUGUUGAAAACGGGGACGAAAACGGCGACAAAUAUCCCGCAGGCGAUGGUUUAGUCGACGCUUUCGGGGACCUGGCUGCUCUCCCGGUAGAAGUGGAAGAGAGGAGACCGACGUGUUUACGGUGCCGUCGCCCUCAGAAGGUGUGUCUCUGUCCCUUCCUUCCUUCUCGACCGCUGGAGGUGUCCACCUGUCUGUACGUGGUACAGCACCCCGCAGAGGAAAGCAGAGUUCUGCGCACCGUUCCUCUUCUUGCCACCUGUUUGCCUCAAGGAAAAUGCAACAUCAUCGUAGGACGACGAUUCAGCGAGGAAAAACACCCGGAGCUCGCCGCCGUCUGUCAAGACAGCAGAACGCUCAUCCUCUACCCUGGUCCCAAGUCCCAGAACCUGGAGGAGCUGGUUCGGUGUCAAGAUGUCGGCUCGAUAAAUCACAAUGUGAUCAUCAUAGACGGCACCUGGAGCCAAGCCAAGAACAUGUUCCUGAAAAACAGCAUGUUCCACCUCCCUAAACAGGUGCAGCUCAACAGGACUCUUUCCAGUCAAUAUGUGAUCCGCACCCAACCCUCCAACAUCUGCCUGUCCACGCUGGAAUGUGCCGCCGUCGCCCUGUCUGUCCUGGAACGCAACGACGAGAUCCAAGAGGUUCUGCUGAGGCCGCUGAAAGCCCUGUGCUCCUUCCAGCUGCAGCACGGAGCCCAGAUCCAUCACAGCAAGGAGCAUCUGCUGAAAACCGGCAUGUACGACAAGCCCAUGCCCAAGAACAAACGCAAGAUCAAGAGAAUGGAGAAACUGCUCGCCGACCACAGCAUCUGUCCCAGAUGAGACGGAGUACCGCUGUGCAGAAAAGGGAUUUCUCUUUCCUAAUGUCAUUUAAAUAAAGAGGAUGUUAUUUGUUUCUGCUUUACAGGAAAUCAGGCCUCUGAAAUGUAGUGUAAAACAUCUUCUGCAUCAAAUGUUAGACAGAUUUUAAGGUAAAACUCUGAUGAAGGAAGCAUCUGUUUUAUAUUUUGUUCCAACAACAGCUGGUAGAUUUGUGACUCUUUUUGUGUUUGUUUUUUUAAAGUUUUACACUUUUUAAACAUGUCGGAGUCUGCUCUGAAGCAGGCGUGUCUGUAUUUAUCCAUUUUUCCGGUUUCAUGUUCUCCAUCUGUGUGAAGCUACCAAACCAAAACAGGUUCAAUUUUAGGAGAAUCUAGUUUUACAGUCAACUUUUUUAUUUUUAAAAGCAAUAUUCUGCUUACAUUUUCUUCAACCGGGUCAAAUUCUUUUUUUUUUCUAUUUAUAUUUAUUUAUUUAGGUUCCGUUUGUUGUAUUCUGUGAUCAGAACUUAGGAAAAAAAAUCCUCAUCAUCCAAGUUAUACAGUUUUAUUUUGUAAAAUGAACAUUUACAGUUUCUUUUUAAACUGCUUGAACACAUCGCUGUUCCGGAUCUAUCUUUUCUCUGUGGUUACUGGAUUUUUGCACAACUCUUAAAAAUGAAACGUUGGCAUUUCUAAACAGAAAAUAAAAUUCCUGCAUUUUA